UACAGAGGAAUAUUUACAGGAAUAUUCUGGGCAGUUAGCGGGCUGAUAUCGACUUCCCGUGUCAGCAGUGCAACAGAACGUGUAGCUUCGGUGAGUGAAGUAAAAGGCUGACACGCAGAGUUACGGAGUUCACCUCCGGCAACCAUAACAAAGAGGAGGCGUGUGUCUAUCCACUCCAGGAGCCGGGAACCGCUAUCAGCGGGGAGCUAACACCGUGUCACGGUCCGCUGGCUGUUUGCUACUUCAUGCGACAGUCAAAUGGCCCUGCUACCGUUCAUCGAGUGUUAGCUGGCCUGGCUCAGUCUGUGAGCAUGGGAGACGAUAACGGAGUUAACGGGGACCUGAACGCCAACCUGAGGUGCCAGAGUACCGGCGACCCACAGCUGGACAACGCGGUGCACCAGUGGCUAACAUGGGACAAAAACCGGCGGACUCGGGCUCAGGUGGAGUCUCUGGUGGCAGUGGGUCGAUUGGAUGAUCUGCGGUCGAUACUCUGCAGCAGGAUGAAAUUUGGUACAGCUGGACUCAGAGCACCAAUGGGAGCUGGAUUCAACCGCAUCAACGACCUCACCAUCAUCCAGUCCACACAGGGCCUGUUCUCCUAUCUGUCCAGGUACUUUGCAGACUUCAAAAGCAGAGGAGUAGUUGUUGGUUUUGACACCAGAGGGCAGGAGGAGAGCGGCUGCAACAGUCAGAGGUUGGCGAAGUUGACGGCUGCUGUGAUCCUCAGCAGACAUGUUCCUGUUCACCUGUUCUCCACGUUCGUCCCCACGCCAUACGUGCCGUAUGCUGUAAAGAAGCUCAGAGCAGCAGCUGGAGUGAUGAUCACCGCUUCACAUAAUCCUAAAGAAGACAAUGGAUACAAGGUGUACUGGUGUAAUGGCGCUCAGAUAUCCUCACCUCAUGACAAUGAGAUCCUGAGGAGCAUUGAGGAGCAGCUGGAGCCGUGGAGCGCCUCCUGCUGGGAGGAGGAGCUGGUGGAGAGCAGCUCCUUGAGGACCGACCCCCUGACCCAGAUCAACAGCUGCUACAUGGACGAACUCACCUCCCUCUGCUUCCACAGGGACCUGAACAGCAGCUGUCCAUUGAAGUUUGUCCACUCGUCCUUCCACGGCGUGGGACACGUCUUCGUACAGCAGGCCUUCCAGACCUUCGGCUUCGUUCCACCGAUCCCCGUCCCCGAGCAGAAAGACCCCGACCCCAAUUUCUCUUCAGUCCGCUGCCCAAACCCGGAGGAGGGAGAGUCUGUUCUGGAGCUUUCUCUGCUCCUUGCAGAGAGGGAAAAUGCUUGCAUUGUUCUGGCAACGGAUCCUGAUGCUGACCGUUUGGCUGUUGCAGAGAAGUCUGAUGGGUGUGGUUGGAAGGUGUUCACAGGUAACGAGCUGGCAGCUCUGCUGGGUUGGUGGAUGUUCUUUAACUGGAGAGAGAACCACCCAGAUCCAGCAGACACUCAGAAGGUUUACAUGUUGGCCACCACAGUGUCCUCCAAAAUCCUGCAGGCUUUCGCUCGUAUCGAGGGGUUCCACUUUGAGGAAACUCUUCCAGGGUUUAAGUGGAUUGGAAACAGGAUGCACGAACUCACCAAAACAGGAAACACAGUCAUUUUUUCCUUUGAGGAGUCGAUUGGGUUCCUGUGCGGCAGCAUGGUCCCAGACAAAGAUGGCGUGAGCUCGGCGGCAGUCGUGGCUGAAAUGGCCACUUACCUCCACACCAAGAACCUGAGCCUGAACCAGCAGCUGCACAACAUCUACCAGAUGUAUGGUUAUCAUGUGUCAAAAACCUCCUACGUCAUCUGUAACGACCCGCCCACCAUCAAGAAGAUCUUCGGCCGGAUCAGGAACUUUGGCGGUGAGGGUUCAUACCCGGAGACGUGCGGGGGCGUCCAGAUCAUCCACAUCAGAGAUGUAACCACGGGAUAUGACAGCAGCCAGGCUGACCUCAGAUCGGUCCUCCCAGUGUCAAAGAGCAGUCAGAUGAUCACAUUCACACUGCAGAACGGCAUGGUGGCCACGCUGAGAACCAGCGGCACCGAACCAAAGAUCAAGUAUUACACUGAGUUCUGCGCUGCACCGGGGAAAAGUGAUGUAUCCAGUCUGGAGGAGGAGCUCAGGAAGGUGACGGCCGCUCUGGUCGACGAGUUCCUGGAGCCUGAGAAAAACCACCUGAUUCGUCGCUUCGUUUAACCCUGCUUCCUUGUACCUUGUCCCUCCUGUGUUGUCAUAUCCUGUUUGUAGACAAAUCGGAGCAGCAACUGCUUCACUCUGUGUCAGUUAGGUUCGUGUCGGACUGAAGACGUUUGAUGUUAGAGACUGAAAAAUCAAUUAAUUAGAAAAAGGAAAAUGUAUUCAUUUCAAUUUAUUAUGAAUUAUUUUUGUCAUUAUUACAAACCAGGGUUUUCAGUUUUAACAAGAAACUUUUGUUAUUUUAAAAUUUAUCUUGUAACGUCAAGAAGUAUUCUGUUAUUUAUUCAAAAUAAACAUUGUUAUACAAUAAUAAGUUGGUUUGUUGUACAGAGAUAGUUAUUCUGAUUUUGUGUAACAACAAUAAUAUUUACUGAUACAACAAAACGAGGUGAUGUCAUAACAAAAGUUAUACAGACAAUAAUUUGGUUUGCUAGAAAAAUAAACUUAAAACCAUUUCAUGAUAUAAGAAAAAAGACCAAAUAUUUUUUCUUCAUGAUUUUUAAAAUAUUUUUCCCUGUUAUUCCAGAUUCAGACUUGAGUAAAAAUCUUGAUUGUUUUUCUGGAUGUUGGCUCAUAGAAAAGUGAGAGUUAGUUUUUCCAAAAAAAAGAUUUUUCUUUCCUUCAGUGUGCUCAUUGAACUUGAACUGAAGAAAUAACCAAAAAAUAAAAUAAGAUCCAACAAACAAACUGAGAACCAAACAGUUUGUAACAUAGAAAAGGUGAAUAUCAAGCGUGAAUCAUAUUCAUGAAUAUUUAUAUUCAUAAAACCUCGUCUCACAGCAACUGAACGGAUUUUAAACUGAUCUAAAAUCUCAACAAGAUUUUAUUGAAAUAUUAGAAUUUAUCCAAUGAGUUCUCGGACCUCUGACUUCAGCCCAACAUCAGCCGCACAGCAAGAGAGUCUGCAGUUCUCUGAUUGGAUGAUUCUACAGCAGUGCACACUGGGAGUUGUAGUUGACAUCGCUCUAAAGUUGUUACCAAAACUUAGUCAUUGAGUUUAUUACUGAAACAGAUGAUAAACUGUUUGGGUGUUGGACUGAAAUGACGUUUGAAACUGUGACGUUAUUGUUCUUGUUUUCUAGUAUUUUAUAGACCAAACAAUAAAUGAAUGAAUCAAAAAAAUAAUGGACUGAUUAAUCAAAAAUCAAAACAAGUGUGAGCUGUGUCUGAUGUUUUUUGUUUUUGUUUUUUGUCAUUAAAGAACUUCCAUACAUGUGUGAGAGGGGGAAUCAGCUCUUCAUCUGUUUCCUUGUGUUGUUGAUGUUUAUCUGAGUCUGUGGCAAUAUUUAUUUUUAUACUCAUUGAGAUAAAAGAUAUUUAUGUUGUACAGACGACGUGUUACAUGUUGUGAUGCAGUGUUCCAUGUAGAGUCUGAUAUUUUGUUAAAGAAGCUGAAGCUGCCAAUCAUCUGUGGAACGCUUGAAUCUGUUCAGUUCGGUCUGGUGAAAAGACGACAGAGUGAGACCUCUGUAGAGCUCACUGAUCAUUUGUGUUUUCACUGUUGCACCUUCAGUCAUAUAAUAAAGAAAACAAAGAUGCUGUUCAUGUGGUUCUCUAAUGAUCUACCAAUAAAUCAAACAAAACUUUAAAA